UAAACCCGGAAGUAGUACAUGAUCAGAUGUCUACAUUGUGACUUGAAUUACUGCAACAGUUGCUAAAUAUUGACCUAUGUUUACUUAACAAAGCUAGUUAGCUAACGUUAACUAAAAACUAUCGGGCUUACAUCUACAUGCUGUGAUGUUUGUAAUAUCUUGCUAAACCAUUUAGUUGGAAAUCCGUACGGAUGUUCGGUAAACGUCUGCUAGUCAGUGCUUGCUACAAUAACAAGCCUGAAUUUGUCUUCUUUUAGCUUCUAGUAGACAAAUGUAUUUAACGUUAGCUGGCUAAAAACGGCAUCUCAAUCAAAAGUGUCUUUACUGAAGUCGUGAGUCGAAUAAUUUCUCGUUCUAAUCUGCCAGCAAGUCAAGUCGAUGGACAAAAUUGUAAAGGAUGUCGGUGAUAUUCAGUCCAGGCUGAUAGAUCACAGGCCAAUAAUACAGGGAGAAGUUCGUUUCUUUGUGAGAGAAUUCGAGGAGAAACGUGGAUUCCGAGAGAGCCGUUUAUUGGAGAACCUCAACAGGAUGGUGGUGGAAACUAAUGAACAAGUAGUCCCCAAGUGUUCUGAGACUAUGCACGAGCACCUCUGUGAGGCCCUGACGAGGAUGGAAGCUGCAACUCACAUGGCACAGAAGAUCCAGCAGAGGGAGCUAGAGGCACAGCAGAGCACUCGGCUGCAGGCCAGCAUGGACCGACGCAAGGCCGACUGGGAGGAGUUCAUGAAGGAGCAGGCCCGCCUCAGAGUGGAGGUGGACGAAGAGCAUGCCAAGGCCGUGGGCCGCCUCAGCACCCAGUACAGCGAGAUGAAGAAGGAUCUGUCCAAGUUCUCCCACUUCUGAGCCCCGUCCGCAUGUCUGAGCACGCUCCGUUGGGGUGGGGGUGUCUCGGCAGCCACGUUCAGUUUCUGUGUUAAGGGAGCGAAUGUGCGUUUGGAUGAACGUGCGCGUGCCUUGUUUUGAAGGAAAUGCUUUUAGUGGAGUGUUGCGGAAAGCUUUAAUUGACUCUGAGCCUGGCUGAUGGCUCUAACAGAACAUCAUGAGCCCCUUGUGAGCGGCAAUGCCGCAGAGAGUUUGUCAUUUGUCUGGCUCUGAAUUGGAGCCGUCCAAUAAACAACUAUGCAUUUCCGCCAUCCGUUGAAAAGAGACUGCUGUCACAGUGCUAUAAAGAUAUAUAAUAAGUUUGGAAAAUGUCAACGUCUUUAUAAGAAAUAAAACCAAGGAAACCAGAUUGUUUUUGGCCAGGGUUUUAACUUGCAGACGUUUCUGUUUAAUUUUUUAAACAGCUCUUGCGCUCGCAUGUGUUUGGAGUAUAUUUGCCCUCGGCGCUGAAUGAGAUGUAGGAAGCGGGAAUGUGGCGGGGAAAUGUCAGUUAGCAGAAGUGCUAUAGAUCCACGUCAGGCAGAACGUGCCGGCCUUCAGAAACUCCAUUCAGAGCCUGGUUGUUUAACGACACCGCAAAGCACGUCAGCAAAUACACACUCCUCACCUCCACAGACCUUAAGCAUUCACCACAAACUCCGUCUGGUGGAAACCGCUAAAGGCGGAUAUAAAUCAGGAGCUGCCCGUGGUCGGGUAUGUACCUGGUAAGAUGGGUAAAUAAAUGAGAUUGCCCUACCAGAAAUGUGAAGGCUGGAGAGAGUGGUGCAUCCAAUCCCCCCCCCCCACCCCCCACAAACAAUGGCGGCCUGUUUGGAUGGAUGGCUGGGUAUCAUGGCACAUUCCUGGCAUGUGAAAUAGGUGAUUAACUUCAGCUGAGGUGACAACAUAAAUAUUUUAAAUGACUUUUAAAAACAUUGAGCCCGGGCCAGACUAUUUCUUUUGUCCUUCUUUAAGUGGGGGGGGGGGGAAGUGGUCUCGUCAAUCAGUGUGAGAAAAUAAACAGACAAGCUGCUUCA